AGUAGUGUCAGGUUUUGUGUCCCAUUCAUAAUUUUGUUUGCACGGCUCACAUCACCAACAUGUGAGCUGCCUACCGUAUGGACUUCGCCCCGUGUGUGUUGUAAUAGCAGAGGGGCACCGUCAUGGGAAGAGUGAAACCGCACAGCACAUGAGUCACGCUGCUAAAUACACACUUCUCUCCCUGCCAGGACUUCACUUCCGAACCUUCAACUCGUAGUUUAAAAGGCCGGCCGGGCCCGUGAUCGUGAAUUCAUUUUCUUCACUGUCAAACCACGACGUGAAAUUGAUUUACAUUCGAUCAAUAUUUGCUGCCUUGGUCAAAGUGAGUGUUUGGAACUCUGUUUACAAGCCAUCAUUCCAACAGAUGCCUACGCAGGCCGUUCCUGCUAUCAGAUUCACCAUGUCUGAUAACGGUGCCGCCACCACACCCCUGCCCCUGCCACCGCCGAUGGUGACCCUCUCCACGGAGCCCGAGAGUCGCUCCCCAACUCACCCCAAGACCAAGAAGAACCUGCUGUCCACCCUGAAGAACUCCCCGUCCAUGUUGAGGCGGCGGAUGAAGCCACCUCUUCUCAACCACAACAACCGGAACUCUUGGGACACCACGGACUCGGCUUCGUCGGCGUCCUCCGCUUCGUCGUCGUCGUUCACCGCCAAAGAGUUCCACGUGAAAUACCAGGGCCGGGUGCGGGUGACUACGCUGCAGGUGAGCGAGGCGGUCAACGCAGUCAAGAAGCUCGCCCCGGAGUUGACAGCGUCCUCCUCGGCGUCCUCCUCGACCGAGGAUCUCCUGAAUGUCUCGCCCGCCUCGUCCUUGACCUCUCUGUCGUCGCCGACCACGCUUCCCCGUGCCCCGUCGCCGACCAGCCCCAAAUCCCCGCGACCGGCGAAAUCUCCCAAGUCGCUCAACAAGUCGUGCUGCCUCAGCAUCUCCAAGCAGUGCGUCUGCAUCGACGACGAGGAGCGACUGGUCAACGAGACCAUCCCCAUAGCCACGGUGGCCUACUGCGCCACGGACCUGCGCUACCCCAGGGCGGUGGCUCUCAUCUGCAAGACCCACAACAGCGUCCUAAUGUGCCACGUCUUCGUCUGCACCUCCCGGGAGAAGUCCGAGAAGAUCGUGGCCUUCAUCGGCAAGGCCUUCGAGUCGGCCUGGCAAGACUGGAAGACAGUCCACGACCCGGCCACUCUCGGUACCAACAACAACUACGAAUGUUUCAUCAGGGGCAGGUCGCGGUCCCACGACAUGAGCCGAACGGGACGCACCGAUAGCCCCAGUGAUACCACGCCGGACAGACACUCGUCUUACGAGAUUAGGAACGAUGAGUUCUCCUCCAGCCCUGAUGAUGAUUAGUACGUCAUGAACUACAUAAAAAACUUCCUUAAGAAACGGUGCAGCGCACUCAAGCCAAUUAGAGGAUGGAUUGACAAUUAAGAAGACAAUGAAGAAAUGUUCAGUUUUUAAGGUGGGAGGAAAACCCAGGCUACAUUUUUUCCAGGGAAAACCCACGGCAUCAGAACCCACGGGAUCAGGCAGGGACGGAAAACCCAAUCCACAUGUUGACCUGGGAGGGAUUCGAACCCGCAGAGAUGGAGGGCAAGGAAAGACCUGACUCCCAGUUUGCGAACUGGGAAAGUUUCACGUGCAACAUCACAGGCCCAAUAGCCGGUGAUGUCAGGCGCGCACCAAACUCAGCUUCGCCGGGUGAACAUGUUCAAAGGUCAGACUUCAGUUUCAGGGCGGAAACCGUGCACGCGUUUUAUCGCGCCGAUCUACAUGUACACGACCAACACGCGUAAGAUUGGAUGCCAAGCCUGAUCUUGUUAAACGAGACGCUAACUUAAUUUAGAGCCCAGGGAACGGCUUUGUUAGCUCGAAUUUCGUCUUUCGGGAACCAUAGCAACAGACGGGUGAAACCCACGUGUCUGUACCUUUCUAAGUCUGACUUCAUGAAGCAUCUGAAAAAUUAAAUUUCAUCUUCGAUUUUUCAUGGGAUUUACAUUUAACGACGGCAGAUGGGAAAGACGCAAGUCGUGAUUAAUUCAAAAAAGAAAGGUGAUACCAGUGUGUGUCUGACGCAAGCAGCUUUGAUGUCACUGUGCUGGUUGUAAUCAAAGAAAUUUUUUGUUUGCCGAGUUUAAUGAAUAAAGGAUAUCACCCACGUCACAGGAAGUCGUCACCAAAUGCAAUGUUUGCCACCAGUCAACUUCUUGUGCUGUUGUGGUGCAACUUUAAAAGCCCGAAAAAUACCUGUGAGAUACAAUCUCAGUGGAUUUGUUCCACUUGGAGCGCAUAUGGACAAUAUGCAAACGCAUAACAAAAGAGGAUUUGACAUCUGUGACCAACUGUUAUUCCAUUACACGGUUGAGAAAAUACUUUGCAAUAAUUCGGGUCCAUUUUCUUUUUCCAAUCGUCUUUAUUUAUCCAAAGUGAUCAGUGCUAUGUUGGGACACAAAAAUGCAUCGGCCAUCAGCAUAGUAUCCCCUGGUUUUGUGCUGAUUAGGGCUUAAAUCAGAUGCAUUUUUGUCCGGAUUCAAGUAGUAGGUAUUCUAAACAUGAAACAGCCGUUUAAAAUCACCCUCUUUGAAAAAUUCAAAAGGACAAGACAGGAACGAGUUAUACCACACUGGACGUCCAACAGAUACAAAAGACCUCCUCUUGUUGCCAAAAUUGAAUCAAAUAAAAUACACAAUGUACUGUACAAUCAAUCCGGUUUAAAGUAGCAAUUUUCUUUCUCGACGCGAAAUCCCAUGAGCAUUGAUCCUUGGGAAAAAAAGUAACACCGAUGUUGCGCACGUGACGGUGAAGUGCUCUGGCCCUGCGCUGAAGUGUCUACGAUAAACGAGUUGGGUGUUUACGUUAUGUCUCUGGGAAUUGUAUAUAUUAUUUUUUUUUCUUCAUCUCUGGAGUACAUCCGUCUGUUCAAGACGACGUGCUCCUCUGAAAAGUGCAAUUGACCGUGAUAUUUUCUGCAUCAGAGAGACUUCCCCCACCCCCCCUCUUCUUUGGGGUUUGUUGCGUCAGUGGAAUGUCGCAGGUAUGGGGGAUCAUUUGAGGUCAUUAUAUUCAUUGGAAUUCGGUAAAUAAAUUGGAUGAGAUGGAUCACCAAGUUGCAAAUUAAGAACACAAGGCUGGCCUACAUAACCGCGUUGUGUGUAGGCCUGCCACGAUUCGUAACGACAAAACCAGGAAUUUGCUUUGAAUUUUGCAAACAAAUUGAAACGUUGUAACUACCGGGUCUAUAUAAAGUACAACUAAAAAGAUCUUCGUGGCGCUUCAACAGAUCUGUAGAUGGAAUGUCGAAAACUACAUCAUGCAAAAAGUCAGAAAUACCAUAAUUUUUAUAUGCACGUAAAUAACAAUGCUAUAAAAAGUGGCUUUAUACUCAAGUCCCUUGCUUUCAGUUUGCAUAUACAUUAUCAUAACGAGACUUGUACAUGUAUAUGUCGGCGCCUCCGUGUUAUGUAAACGAUGGUUUGUGAUGGUACACUCUACAUGCACUUAAUUUCUUGGGUACAUACGAUGUAAUUAUAUGUAUUCGGGGGGGGAAAAACAAUACCCGCACAUGUUCGUAAUAUAUAGCCCAAGUCACCACUAUUGGAAAUUGGCCCCAAUUUUGGUACGUAUCCCGCGAUGCGAAGCCAGUCUUGCAUAGAUAUAAGGAGAAUUGGCUACACACUCAGUUAUAAGCUACAGCAAACAUCCACGCGAAUGAAAGAGUUAAGAUAAAACUGGAAGCGUUCUUGACUUGGUGAUGAUGGAAUGUUUUAUAUUUUGGCUUCAGCAGCGGAUUGUCAGUAGUAUUUUGAUGGGACACUGUUCAGGACUGCAUGGAGGAAUAUUUCUGGAUAUUAUGCACUAAACGUUUUAUUGGGUGUAGGGGUGGACGAUCUCGUUUUCUUUCUUGUUUUUUGUUUUUUUUUUCUUUUUUUUCCACAGCACCUGAUCUACAGAAUCGGGUAUUUGCAGCGCUUUUUAAAGCAUGUUUGAAGUGUAGACCGAAAGUCUGAGGUACUAUUUGCUCGCGAUGUAAAAAACAAGUCCAACAAAAACACAUUGAAAAUUCGCAUCCGCUACAUAAUGUUCUCUACAGGAACCUGGGACAUCAAUUUUACAUUGUCGCCGCAGUUCAUGAGGACAAAUGUAUAUAGCCACAAAAAUUACUUUACUAUUCCAGCGUUUAGUUUGCGAGUAGCUGGCUAAAUUUAAGUUAGACAAACAAACUGAUGCCUUUCGAAAGUUUCGUGUACGAAGAAACGUGUACCUUUCGGUUGCGUUUACUGCUGUUGGCUAAACCCGAUAUGCCUGUAUGUUCAUGGAGCGCCCGAUUUCAUUAUGUUGUAUGGAUGUGGCUGAGGCAUAUUAAGUUUAAUCUGAUAACAAAAACAAGAUAUGACUUUUUUAAAUCCGAUAAUCCGAAUUUCAAUUGAAGCCAGAUUAUGUUACACGUCACUGUAUAAUCUUGUUGCAUUCCUUUGCACGUACAUGAAACUCGAGGCUGAGUGUCGCGUGAUUUGUAAAAAUCUAGGGGCAGCAACUCUUCAGCAUAAAGAAGACUUGUUAUAUACCGUUUCGUCGAGUUACUCUCCCGUCAUCUUGAAAUGCAGUCUUUCCUUUGUCAUACCUGCAUAGAACAAAGACCACGGAUUGGUACGGUCAGACGUUUGUCGAAUCUCACUCGUUUCAGGGGGCAUGCCGUCGAGUAAUUUUGUAGGAGGAAUUCCGGUGAUUUAUAACGCAAGGUGUUCUGUCUGUUCAAAUUCUGGUGGAGUUUGGAUGACUUUAGGGGAAGGCUCAGUGUCAAUUUGCGCCACCUAUGAUCACAGAUGUAGUUUUUCUGAGUGCUUAAAUAUACCAGGUACACCUGCAAUUUCGAAAUUCACCUUGUUAUUGCUCGUAGAGUUGGUGUACAUUUAUUGAACUGAACGCUGCUUUCGUUUUCAUUGUCAAUUCGCUGCAUCUUGUAUAAAUAGCUGAAACAUCCCUACACGUCAAUCCGCAUAGCCGUAGUGUAACUAUAUGUACUGUGUUUUCGUAUGCCUUUUUGUUUCGUUAACUGUGUUCGGUCACCGUGUAUAAAUAACAAACCUUUAUCCUUCAACCCGAGAGUCCUUUUUCAGGUUUGUAUCGCAACCCGGAAAAAGCAAAUAAAACACUUUUCAAAAGCGGGUGCGCAGUGAGUCGCGUCGAACACCCACCACUGGCGCAUACGGGGUAAAGCCACUGUGAAGAUCCUUUCCCUGUUCGCUGCAAAGGUUUAAAUUGUCAUUUCCCCCUGUUGCUUCCCUCAUUUUAUGAUAAGAAACUGAGCACAUCGAUAGGGGUGUUAUUUACUAAAGGCCCUGACUGUUAAAUGGAAUUCUUCAAACUGUCGAGCAUCUCGUGCUCAAUGUAUGAAACAAGACAUUCAAAUUUACAACCUCUAUCCUAAUUUAUAUUUACAGUCAGCCCAAUCCAACAGAGUGAGUUAUCAACAUUUUCUUCAGCCUUACCCAAAGAACUACAGUGUGUCGAUGACACAGUCUGAUUUGAAGAUCAUCGAUUUAAAAUUAUUUCGAACAGUAUGGCGUGCCAAAUUGACAUCCAUUAAUGAUAGAGAUAUCUCUAUUUACAAUAUUAAAUGUCAACUUUGCACGUCUAGAGAAUAACUUCUGUUGCGGGAUUGAAUGUCAAGUUUGCACGCCAUAGUACAGAAAUAAAAUCUUCUUACGUCUAUCCAGAAAAGCUUCAUAUAAUUGCCUAUACAACUGUUACGUACGACAGUCACAACCAUUCAGUUUGCACCAAUUAGGUUUCGGUUCUACUAUAAAACACACGCGGGAACGGGGCACGAGAUGUUGACCCCGUAAAUAAUUUACAGGCGCGUCGCCAGUUCAGAGUUUGUUUCCUUGAAAGCAAAUUGAAAGAAAAUGCUCGAAAGUCAUUCGCUCACAACGCCAGCCAACACAGCUUUCGACCAAGUUCAUUCUAAAAGCGAUGCGUCAACGUCUUAUAUUUCCCCUCCGUACCUUGGACGCAGGAAAAGAGUUGCGAGGGACUCAAAAUGCCACUGUGAUAAAAAAAAAGUCGAUUCAUUUGAGCGAGAAGACUCUUUCGGGCAGUGUGUUUGUGUGCAAAACGAUAACACAAUGAUACACGCACAACUUCUACCUGAGCAACCCUCGAACACAGUAAUUACUUGCAGUUCGAUAACCUGCCUAAAUGUUCGAUGAGUUGAAUCAAAUUCUGUCCAUUGCUUUUUUACCCACCCAUACCAUUUUGCUAUUCUCCCGUGGGCACUGUGUGUGCGUCGUCAACCCCCAUGACAGUUGAGUGUAGUUGAAAAGAACACGUAGGCUCACAAAAUGCACGUAGACCUUCAUAUUUUCCAGGCGCUUGCUUUUCAGUACGGUUCGCCUGGAAAAGUUUGUUCCCCCCCCCGUAAAAUUGAUGAAGAACUUCGCCAUAAAAGCCCGCCAUUUUUUUCCUCGUCAGUAAACGACCAACGAUGUGCAUGUUGUCAAGGUCGACAGAAAAUGAUGUAAGCUCCGCAGCUAAAAGGAUAUGAUUGACUAUGUCUGUAACUGAGGCUUGUCGAGCUGUCUCGUGAUGCACUUGGAAUAGACUUGUGUUACACGAGUCUAUUCCAAGUGGCAGCCGUUGGACAGUGGCUUCGAUGUGUGGCUAGCUUUAAUUGCAUUCUCAACCGAGCGUUAAUUCAAGCUUGCCAGCAACAAACGACAAAAGGGUCUGCUCUUUUGACGUCAUGGUCGUGUUUUUCCUACAAAUGGUUGCUAAAAGUAUGGUUGGCCGUCGGUACAAAAGUAAAGCAAUAAUUCACAAAGUGUCGACAAUCCCGCGCAGCUUUGGGAACACCAGAUAAUAUACUACAAGAUACUAAAUGAAAAUACAACCCAAUUUAAAAUUAAUGGGACAAUUGUCCCUUUUGGACGAAAUAGAGGUAAAAUCGAAAACCAACCAAAAGGUGAUAUUUCUGCAAAUUUUGGCCGCCCAUACAAGUUGUUUGCAAAAUGAGAGUGGUGACACAUCCGUUCAAUCGAGAAAAUGGAACAUUCUCCUUUUAUUGUGUCAACUGUUUUUGACAUUUGGGCGUUAGUUCUUAAAUCCAAACACGAGCUGAACUUAAAAAUUUAUAAUCAUUAAUAGUUUUUUGAUCAAUUUUUUUGUAAUGCAGUGCAUAUAAAUGUUGUCGCCGUUGUUUUAUUUCGUUUUUGCUAGGUAGCAGAUGAAACAGACAGUGUACGACUUUAUGUUUGUAUGAAAAAUGUGGACACCAUCUUAGUCCGGUUUUGAAUCAAAAUGUAAUUGAAAUUGUGCAUCGGUGAAAAAUUGCUAACUGCGUGCCGGUGGGCAUAGAUUGAGAGUGAAUCAUCAGAAGGCAAAUUUUAAACUUUGAUCGCCGUCAGACAUUUAACCUUCACUAGCCAACCGGCCUACGGGAAAAGGUCAACAGCACACUUUAUCAUGCAAUCAAUAUUUGCAUCAAUAUUGCGCAGAUUUCUGUUUCAUUGAUUUGUUACAUACGAUGCGGGACGGCUCACCGCGGAUGAACAUUGAUGGCCGCUCAAGACAUCGUGGGAUAAUUUAAUCAUGCAAUAUAGGCACAUCAGACAGGAAUGGCUGAAGUGUAGUUUCACUGAAGGAAGUUUUUUUCCCAAUGAUGGAGUUGUUUUUGUUUUAUUUUUUGUUCAUUUUAAAAGAGUGUUUGCAAUGGGAGAUUGUUGAAAAGCUGUUCUUUUCUAUUGUUCAUGUGCGCAUUUUCAAGAUUAUG